CUCCGGGCCAGGGGAGGGGCCGAGGCGCGCCGCGGGUCGGCCGGGCGCCGGCUUCCGGGUGGUACGAGCGCUUGGGGGCGGAGGAUCGAUGUCGCAGAGUGGCGGCGGCGAGUGGGCGUGUUCGCUAGAGGGUCCGGCAGGACUCGGGGUCCUCGAGAGCAGGCGGGAGGGCGCGGAGGGAGUCCGGGGCGGUCGACGCCCGCCGCCCUCCACCCGGCAUGUCGGCCGAGGCCUCGGAGCCCGCGGCGGCCGCGGCCCCGGCCCUGGAAGCCGCUAAGCCCGCGGGUCUGGAGCCCGGCGCCGCCGCCUGCGGGCUGAAGCCGCUGACCCCGAACAGCAAGUACGUGAAGCUGAACGUGGGCGGCUCGCUGCACUACACCACGCUGCGCACGCUCACGGGCCAGGACACCAUGCUCAAAGCCAUGUUCAGCGGCCGCGUGGAGGUGCUCACCGACGCCGGAGGUUGGGUGCUGAUUGACCGCAGUGGCCGCCACUUUGGUACAAUCCUCAACUACCUGCGGGACGGGUCCGUGCCACUACCUGAGAGUACCAGAGAACUGGGGGAGCUACUAGGUGAAGCUCGCUACUACUUGGUACAGGGCCUGAUUGAGGACUGCCAGCUGGCACUGCAGCAAAAAAGGGAGAACCUGUCCCCGCUCUGCCUCAUCCCCACGGUGACAUCUCCCCGGGAGGAGCAGCAGCUCCUGGCCAGCACCUCCAAGCCCGUGGUGAAGCUCCUGCACAACCGCAGUAACAACAAGUACUCCUACACCAGCACUUCAGAUGACAACCUACUUAAGAACAUCGAGCUGUUUGACAAGCUGGCCCUGCGCUUCCACGGGCGGCUGCUCUUCCUCAAGGACGUCCUGGGGGACGAGAUCUGCUGCUGGUCUUUCUAUGGGCAGGGUCGCAAGAUCGCCGAGGUGUGCUGCACCUCCAUUGUCUAUGCCACUGAGAAGAAGCAGACCAAGGUGGAAUUCCCAGAGGCCCGGAUCUUCGAGGAGACCCUGAAUAUCCUGAUCUAUGAGACGCCCCGGGGCCCAGACCCAGCCCUCCUGGAGGCCACAGGGGGUGCGGCUGGAGGUGGUGGCGCGGGCCGAGGGGAAGACGAGGAGAACAGAGAGCACCGCGUCCGCAGGAUCCAUGUCCGGCGCCACAUCACCCACGACGAGCGUCCCCAUGGCCAGCAGAUCGUCUUCAAGGACUGACUUGGACCCUGCCCUUGCCUCCGGCUUCAGGACCCAGCCCCUCCCGCCCUGUUCUCCCUUGCCCCUGUCUUCGCCCCGGCUCUGCUGGCCAAGUCGCGGGUCUUCGUUCUGCCCCCUCGCUGCAUGGUGCGGUUCGCCUUGACCCUGUCCUCCCUCCUACUCAGCGCUAACACCGUCCAUUCCAGCCCCUCCCCGCAGGCAGAGCCCUUCGGAAGGCGACGUUCACCCCUUCCUCACCACUCCUGCCCCGCGGUCUCCUCUCGCCAGCUGGUCAGGAGGACUCAGAAUUCCCUUUCUCUUUUUUUAGUUCCUUGUACACAAAAGUGUUGAGCCAGCCCUUCGGAACCUCACCGGCUCUGAGCCGCCUCCAGCCAGCGCCUCCUGCCUGCGCUCCCCUCCCUGCUUCCUUAAGUUUGUCCUAGGCUGGCCUGUCCCCGCUCAGCUGUCUUCUUGAUCUGUUUCAUAUUAUUUAUUGUUUUAAUUUUCUAUUAAAUUAUUGGAAUAAAGUUGA